GGAAUAACCUCCAGUUAAGAGGCUUGGUGGUGCUACUUAUUUCUAAGGCAGCUGGGCCCAGUAGUGUGGAUGCUUCAUGUCAGAACUAUGACAUGGUCAGUGGGAUCUAUGCAUGAAUCCUAUCUCUGGAACUCAACUGCUACAGCUAUAACCAUAUUCAUCAUUGAAUCCACAAUCCACCCAUGCCUUUGUAGACUAACCCCCGGCACCCUUUGUAAGACAGGUAAUUGUUAACACCCCUCACAUAUGAAUGCCAGGUGAAAACUGACAAUCUAUAGGUGUCUUCCUGCUUGAGGACCUCCUAUCUCACUAAACUCUUGGACUUUCCUUCUCCUGCAGACUGUGUAGAGGCUGCUGGUAGUGGUGGUGGUAAUAGAGACAAAAAGGACAGAUUCUUAGGUUGGUUAUCCCUAACCCUGGCACCCUUCCUCUUUAUAGUUACUGUUAUAAAGUCUCCAUUUUCUGUUACUGAGAUUUCCCCAUUCCCUCUACUUCUGCUUAAAUUUUUAAGUUUUUAAGUGGAGUGGAAUAUCCCUGGUUCUUCAGUGACAUCCCAUCCUCUACAGGAUUAACUACAAAUUACAUAGUACAGCAACAUGCACUUCUUAGCAACUUUGAAGUGGAAAUGAAAAAGGUAAAACCAUGAUCAGGGUUUUUCUUUGCCCACCAAAAAGACGCAAAGGACUUAGGGUAUGUGCAAGAGUAUGGCUGACCUAAUGUAAUGAUCUAGGCUGAGGGUAGCAAAAAUUAGGCAAGAGAAUAAUGAUCAAGGGAUGGGAGGUCAUGAUGAGCCAGAUUACAGAGGUGGAAGAAUUAAUGCAGUGAGAGAGCUGAGAGGUAAGGAGGUUGUUGCUAGAAAGUGGGAUAUUUGAAGAUUUCAGAAAGGGAACAGAUAUGAAUGGUAAGUUUUAUUUGUACCUGAGAGUGGGGCUGACAGAAUACCGUGAAGGUUGAAUUGAGUAGAUUGAGAAAACUAUAGGGUGGGCAGUUCAUGUCACUGAAGCUCAGCAGAACUGGAGUGAGAUUCCGAAGACAUCAGUGAUUGCAGAGUGAUAGAGAAGAGGAGGGACAGUGGAAAGUAGAGCAGGCUUCAAAGGAACAGUGGUUUUCACAAGAUGGUGAGGAAAUGAAAGAGCACCGUUUCCACUUCUCGACUCCUCUGUUUAUGAUGGUGGGAGGUUGAAGAUAUCCACUCACAAAGACACAGGGAUCCAGAUACCCCAGGAAAAGUCAUAGCUUAAUUAGAGGCAGAGUCCCUGGACGAUGCAAACACAUUUGGCAGCUAACUGAAAGGUUGGAAGUUCAUGUCCAUCCAGAGGCACCUUGGAAGAAAGGCUUGGAGGAUUUACUUCUGAAAAACCAUCCAUUGAAAACUAUGGAGAGCAGUUCUAGUCUGACACACAUGCGGUCACUGUAAGUCAAAAUCAGUUCUACGGCAACUGGAUUUUUCAGUUAAAGCCCAAACCUAGGGAGGAAUGUUCUAUGCAUUCUUAGAGCACUUAGCAUGUUGUUUUGUCAUGACUGAUUUAUGUGUAUGUUUUCUUACUAGACAGUAUCUUCUAGACAUCAGGGGCCAGCUCUCUCUCCCACUGAACCCUCUAUUGUGUAUUGUGCUUCUGAAUCAUUUCUCAUCUAUCUUGUAGUAAUAUGUAUAUCUGUCUUAUCCUUCUACUAGAUUUGUUCAUUGAUUGAUUGAUUCAGCAACCAUUUAUUGAGCACCUGUGCAGAGCUGUGAUAAAUAUAGAAAAAUAAUAAUUGUAUUGUAACUAAUGUAUGUGUCAGGUACCAUUACAUGUGCUUUAUAUAGAUAUAAACUCAUUUAAUCCUCACAACACUGGUCAAGAAAAAAUUGCUUUUCUGGAAAAACAGGGUUAGAGAAAUUUAAUAAUUUGCCCAUCAUAAGUCAGUGGCGGAGUUGGGAUUCAAAUUCCAUUUGACCACAGAAUCAAUGCUCUUUCCAUUACUGUAGACAGCCUCUGCUGGAUUAAAAAAAAAAAAAAAAAUUGGGUGCCCUAAAUACACUUUUUUGCUCAUCUUGACAUCCUUAGCACUGAGCACAAAUCUUUGUGUUCCAUGUUAGAUGGUGUUAAAUGUAUAAUGGAUAGGAACCGGGUUAUAAACUUUUUCUUUGGCCUACAAAGCCCCGUCAGUGUGCCGGGCACUCACAUGCUGCAUGAAUUAUUGUUGAUUUAUUGAGACAAAAUUUCCUUAUGGGGUUGAUUGUGGAUCUUGAUGGGGCGCUAUACAAGUUAAAAAUAAAAACUUCUAUGUGUUCAGGCCCAUAUCUCUUUUACAGCACAUUUCUUUUGUAGAUUUAAUCUUUAUCUAUUGGGGAAUAGGGAUAACUGCAUAUUUCUUUUGAUACAGGAACCAUUUUUUUUAAAACAGACUUGUGUCCUAAGAAGAAGUUCUGUCUAACGAGCUUCCCCUGUAGACAAAGAACAAAGUGUAUUUCGUUUGUCAUUAGUUCUGAAAUGCUCAGUGCUAAAAAUUUUGGUAUUAGAAACUAUUACAUUCAUACUCAUUGGAGAGAGCAUUUCAAGGAAGUACUUGGAUGUUCUGCACCUACAAGAUUCGCUGCUGUCCAUAAGUGAUUUGCAUCCUACAGUAAUGUAGAGCUUCUGUUACUCUGCUGUAAUUAUUACAUAUUCAUCGCAAAUAAUGAUGUAACGGAUUUUUAGAGGCUGUGCAUAAGAGAAGCAGCAAACUGAGACGCAAAACAAGUUUCCACCCCUUCUUUCCAAAGCUGUAGUUAAUCACUUGAACACUUUCCAAUAUUGUAAAAAGCUGGCAGACUUUUCUUUGCAGCCGGCUAUGUAAAAAUGUUUAUAAUUUACAGCUUAUUAUGGCAUGCAAACGACUGUGUUCUCAGUGAAGGAGAGUGAGAAAAUACGGCUGUGAAAUUAUUUAACUCCCCUUUGUUAGUUGUUUUUUGGCAACAUUGGAAGGAUACUUUACACUUAAAAUGCAUUUCUGUAAUUUAUUUUAAAUUACUCAAUCAGAACUUUUAAUAAUAGGAAUUUACUUUUUAUCUCUCUCUGUAGAUAGGCCAGAACAAUUUUAACAAAAACAAUAAGCUGAAAAAGUAGAAUUGUCAAGGAAUUUGAAAGGAAUAAUACUAAAUUGUUAAGGUUUAAUUCAAUUUAUGGCUUCAAUUUUAUAAAAAUCUGUUUUAAUCUCUGAUAAACCUGCAGUGUUGGAUAGGCAAUUUAUUAUUUUCAAAGGUACCAUGCACAAUUUUGUUUUACAUUGUCUGUUUGUAGCACUUUGGCUAGAAGUUAUCUUUCUCAGGAACAAUUAGAGGGGCAGGCAAGGUAACUUGGGCCUCUUUGUAAUCCAUUGACUAUGUCUACCCAUUUUAGGUCUUUCCUUCGAAUUUUCUAAUUUUACUCAUUCCUGCAUUAGAUUCAUAAAACCCCUAAGCCAGUUACCACAUAGUCUUUUUGUGGUUGCUGUUCUCUCUGUGCCUGGUACACUGCUGCAAAAUCCUACUUGAUAAACCAUAACCUUCAUCUUGAUAGGGAGGUGGCUCCCUCCAUGAAGGACCAACAAAGCUGGACUUUAGGUGCUGUACUUUAUCGAUGGGCCUUCAUUGAAGGAGUUCCUACAGAAGACAAGAAAAACACAAGAAGUGGUAUUUAAAAAUCCAUAGCCUUUUUCCUUCUAAUUCUUCAGCUCUGUGUGGGGAGAGAACUUUCUAUUUAGUUUAUACUUCUCAGAAGGUAAAAGAAAGGAAAAAAAUUAUGUUUAAAUAUUUAAGACAUUUAAUAAAUCAUGUUUAAUUUUUCUAUUUCCCUAUUUGUUUUAGAAUUAUUUUAGCAGCCGGGGACUUUGUAAUACGUGAUCAGUUCUUCUUAUUCGUGUGUUUUUUUCCAUAAGCACAAAUAAUCAUAUGCAGCAUAUUAUUAUUAUGUAUGUUCAACUCAUAUGUUUUUGAGAAAUAUGAAUUGUUACCUCAGAGAAAAUAGGAUUGUUAUGUCAAUAUCAAGGCAUUAUCAUCUUUAUUGUCAUUGUUCUCUUUAAGAAAUUUUUUGGUAUAAAAACAUAUUUUACAACCACAAGGGAGAAUUUGUUUUCUACCUCAAACCUUUAGAAAUAAAUAAAUAUUAUCACAACUUUAAAGCCAUCUCUGACUGUGCGAAACUAAAAAACUGAAUUUAGUGAUUUUUUUCUGUCUUUUUGGCUUCUUCCUUUUGGGUGGAGAGACCCGAGAUCUGCCCAGCCUUCUGGGUGGGAGGAUGGAGUGCCUACCUCUGCUCACCGCUGACCUCUUCUGGCCUCCUGGUGGAUGUGUCAUUACAGUGUAUGGCUACUCUCCCUUAGAAUGUCCUGGUGAAAGAAGGGGCUGAGGGUCGCCAAGGAGCAGUGAUGGGAAAUGAGCCAGUGUAGACUUUGUUAUGAUAACCUCCCAACCUCUUUUACCACCCAGGACUCCAAAAGGAGUAAAGGUAAAAAAAAAAAAAAAAAUCUGUUUACUAAGCAUACUUUGUAGGUAAAAUAAUAAUUACUUGAUUUUUCAUUUUAUUAGAUGCAUGUGUAACUGCCAGUCUUCGUUUCUGACGGGUAUGAGAUAACCACUAUUACCACUUCUUAUUAAUGAAUGCAGAAUUAAAGAAAAUUGAGAUUUUUAUUAACAAAUGUACCUUCAUCCAGUGGUAAAUGAAUGAAUGGCUUUCUUAGACAUUUUGAAAGGGGAAAAUAACUCACCUCCCUCACUACUGUGAAGAAUCCUUAAAGAUCUAGGAACUCCAAACUGGGAACUACAAUAUCAUCAACUAAUAAACCAAACCAAACCCAUUGCUGUUGAGCCAAUUCUGAUAAGUGCUCAAACAAUUUUUUUAACUCUAGAAAUAGUGACUACUCCUAAUUUAGUCCCAUUUUCAAACAAUAAAAGGUGACCUCUCUGUUAUUGUUUAAAUGGGGAAUAUUGUAUCUGGAGCUUAUGUUUUUACCCAUAGAAUAAGGAGUUGAAGAUGAAACCUAAAGCCCUAAUCGUCUCCAGAACAGAGUUCCUUUCUUUCCUGAAACUGGGAGGUCAGGCAAGGUUUCUAUCUGUCUGUUAUCUUUUGGAAACACAUGAUUAUCAAACCUAAAACUUACACACUUUUUUACUUUGAGAUAAUAUAACAGGUUUGUGACAUACACAAAAAAAAUUGUUUUGUUUCUGAGGGCGCCUUUGAAGUCUGUAAUUCUGGCAUUCAGAGUAUUGGCUUAUUGGUGUGGAUCACCGCCCCCCCUCCAUUUUGUGCCUUUCCUUCUCAAUUUAUCACACUUGCUUUUACACGUUCCCCACAUCUACUGAUUGUGCUUUUUAAGUGUUAUUGAACAUCUUAUCAUCUAGUAAUAUGUAAAUCAUCUUAAACUCUCUGGAAAAAGGCAGAGGUAAGAGCAAAUAGACAAAUUAUAGUCUUGAAAGUGGUGGGAAGAAAAGGCACACUCUGACAGGGUCUCUCUUGUGAAGUGGGUUGUCCAUGCCCUUCUUUGUGACCACACUGAGCAGUCCCAUUCUUGUUUUGUCCUUGAAAUUGAUAAUUACAUGUAGUAUUGAAAUGAACUGGGAGCAAUAAAUGACCAGUGUGGGGCCCAUUACAGGAACCCUGGUGGCACAGUGAUAAAGUACUCAGCCACCAACCAAAAUGUCAGCGGUUCGAACCCAUCAGCCGCUCCAUAGGAGCAGGAUGUCAUGGUCUGCUUCUGUAAAGAUUUACAACCUUAUGAAGGCAAAGGACCAUAGACUUUAUGUCAGUUAGCAAAACAUAGUUCAUAAAGACAACGUUCUGCAUUAUACUUUGGUGAAUAGCAUCUGGGAUCUUAAAAGCUUGCAAGAGGCCAUCUAAGACACGACUAUUGGUCUCUUCCCAUCCAGAACAAAGGAGAGUGAAGAAGACCAAAGAUUCAAGGGAGCAAUUAGCCCAAAGGCGUAAUGGACCACAUGAACCACAGCCUACACGACCCAGAGACCAGAAGAACUAGAUGGUGCCUGACUCCCACUACCAACCGCUCUGACUGGGAUCACAACAGAGGGUCCCAGACAAAGCGGGAGAAAAAUGUCGAAUAAAAAGUCAAAUUCACAAAAAAGACCAGACUUACUGGUUUGACAGAGUCUGGAGGAACUCCUGAGACUAUGGCCCUGAGACACCUUUCUGACCUGAAACUGAAGCCAUUCCCAGAGACCACCUUCCAGCCAAACAAUAGAGAAGCCCAUAAAAUAAACAGUAACACCUGAGAGGAACGUGCUCCUUAGAACAAUCAAUUAUAUGAAAUCAGAAUGGCAAUUUUGCCCAAACGCAAAGAUGAAAAGGCAGGAAGGAGUAGAAAAUCAGGGCAAAAGGAAACGGGGAACCCAGGGCAGAAAUGGGGAGAGUACUGACACAUCGUGGGGAAUGAAGCCAAGGCCAUGAACCACUCUAUGUACAAACUAUUGAAUGGGAAUCUAAUUUGCUCUGUAAACUUUCACCUGAUGCACAAUUUUAAAAAAGUUCACCUAAUACACACAAAAAAGCCAAAGUAUACACCAAAAAAAAAAAAAGAGAGAGAGAUUUACAGCCUUAGAAACCCUAUGUGGCAGUGCUACUCUGUCCUAUAGGGUCGCCAUGAGCCAAAAUCAACUCCACAGCAACAGGCGUGGGUGGUUCAUGGGGCCUGUUUGUGUUCUCCUUUUCUAUAGUUCAACAGUGUAACUUCUUGUUCUUGUACUGUAAUGACCUCAUAGUUAUCAGCACCUCUUGUGCCUUCUGGUCUUCUUUACCUGCAACUUUUCCUGGCAGAAAAAAAUCCAGCCAAAAUUUCCAGCCAGUAUUAAUGCUGCAACAAUUUAUACAAAGCUGUACCUAUGUAUAUAAUAUGUACAUAGUUAUAGAUGCAGUUUUAUGUAUUUUUUUUUUAAUCUUUGGAUUCUAUCUUUAUUAUUUGUUCAUUAGAUGAAAAAUAUUGGAAGCUCCGUUGAGGAAGAAAAAAUGACAGCCAUUUAAAAAGCUGAAUCGAAGUGAAUAUAGGGCAUGGAGCCCUGGUGGCACAGUGGUUAAGAGCUUGGCUGCUAAUCAAAAAGGUUGGCAACUCAAAUCCACCAGCCACUCCUUGAAAACCCUAUGGGGCAGUUCUACUCUGGCCUGUAGGGUCGCUAUGAGUCAGAAUUGACUCAGUGGCAAUGGGUUUGGUUUUUGAUUUAGCUUAGAAAGAUCAUAGUACUCACGGAACACAGAAAUCUGUUAUACUCUAAUGGGAAAUGAAGUAUUACUAUUUUGAUGCCACUCUAAGCAGCUUCUUUAAAACUACCAAACAGCCCACUCAGAAAUUUUGUCAUAGACCAUAGCCAUAUAUGGUAACUAGGACAUAAUGGCAUUUUCAUUUAAAAAAAAAAAAGUUUUUAUAGGUUUCUGCUUACAUCUGAGCUGUACUAGGUAUCAUACCAAAAAAGAUUAAAUCAGUCUACAUUCUGGACUCUGAAAGUUUAUUAUUUCUUACAGAUAGAUACUUUGAGAGUCGAUGUGCAUAUAUUAGAUAUACAGCAUGAAAAAUAUUGACUUAGUGCUGGUAUAUAGCUCCCACUUUCUUAAGUUUAAGAGGAAAGAGACAAGGAUACUUAUCUAGUUGCAGGAAUAAAGAUCAACAAGAAUACCAAGGUGCCUGUCAACGGAUGAAUGGAUAAAUAAAUUGUUACAUUCACACAAUGGAAUACUACACAUUGAUAAAGAACAAUGAUGAAUCCGUGAAACCUUUCAUAACAUGGAGGAAUCUGGAAGAGUGGCGUCUGGGGUCUCAAACGCUAGCAAGUGGCCAUCUAAGAUGCAUCAGUUGUUCUCAACCUACCUAGAGCAAAGGAUAAUGAAGACCACCGAAGACACAAGUCAAAGAAGUUUGGCAGAGAUCACAGAACUUAUCCAUACUGCUCUCCUUGUGCAUCGUGGGAUAGUAAAUUUAAAUGAAUUGCAGUCUUCUGAUGGGCCACUGAAAGAUAUGCAAUUUGGAAAUAAAAUAGCAAUCCUGAGUGGAGACUUCCUUCUAGCAAAUGCCUGCAAUGGACUAGCUCUACUGCAGAACACCAAGGUUGUAGAACUUAUAGCAAGUGCUCUUAUGGACUUGGUACAAGGAGUAUACCAUGAAAAUUGUACUUCAGCAAAGGACAAUCAUAUCACAGAUGAUAUUGGAAUAUCAACUUGGAAGGAGCAGACUUUUCUCUCCCAUGGUGCCUUACUGGCAAAGAGCUGCCAGGCUGCAAUGGAGUUAGCGAAGCAUGAUGCUGAGGUUCAGGGUAUGGCAUUUCAGUAUGGGAAACACAUGGCCAUGAGUCAUAAGAUCAAUUCUGACCUCCAGCCUUUUAUUAAAGAAAAGACAAGUGAUUCCAUGGCAUUUAAUCUAAAUUCAGCUCCCGUAGUCUUACAUCAGGAGUUUCUUGGAAGAGAUUCGUGGAUUAAGCAGAUCGGAGAGGCUCAAGAAAAAGGAAGAUUAGACUAUGCUAAGAAGUAUGUGACAAAGAGGAGAGAUUUGAAGAAGAUAAAAACAUGUGGUGAACAGAUAGACUACCCCUGCACCAAGAAUUCCUUUGCACCAGCUCUGCCGCCAACUCACUGUGAAAUCUGGUAUCAGUCACUUAAUCUCUUUGACCUUCCCUCAGUUUCCUCAGUACAAAAUGAGCAGUUUGGAAUAGUGCUGUUCUACUUUCUUAAGCCCAUUAAAGUCUGGGAGAAGACAUGCUAUCUUGUGUUCCUGCUGAGGUCCAGAUUCAUUCCUUUAUCACACCAACAAGUAUUUAUUUGGUAUUUAAUAUGUACUGGCACUGUGCUAGUAUUAAGACUACCACCAUGAGCAAGACUGACCCAGGCCUUGCCCUAUUUAGUCACUCCCCUUUAUUCUUUUUUUCUUUAUAAGAUUUAUCACAAUCUGCAAUUAUCAUGUUUCUUUAAUUGCUUAUUUCUGUCUUCUUCCAUUAGAAGGCAAACCCUGGUGAUGUAGUGGUUAAGUGCUACGGUUGCUAACCAAAAGGGCAGCAGUUUGAAUCCACCAGGCACUCCGUGGAAAUUCUGUGGGGCAGUUCUACUCUGUCCUAUAGGGUCGCUGUGAGUCGGAACCAACUUGACGGCAAUGGGUUUGGUUUUUUGGUGUUUGGUCCAUCAGAAGAGCCCUGAAGAGGGGAGACUUGAUGGUUUUCUUCAUGGUCGCAUCUUCAGCACCCAGCACCGGGUUACACGUAGGAGUGCUUGAUAAAUGUGCAUGGGUGAGUGUUGCCCAAGUGUUAAAUUAGGAGAAGUAUAGGAGGCUCUGAGAAGUCUGGAAUCGAGAAUUGUAGAUUAAGAGUAGUCAACUGUAGAGUAUAUUGGCUCUACAAUCCAGUCCAUCCCUGUGCUCAGUAGCCCUAAGGUUGCCUUCUCAAGUGUCCUGUGAUAUUUCUGAUGCUUACCCCCUUGAAUAUAUGCUGCCAUACUGAGAUUUAAGGGCAAAACUUGAUCUAAGUAAUUAACCCAGACCUUGUUAUCCCUACACAGACUUCUUGUUGUUAUUGUUGUCAGUUGGCAUUGAGUCGAUUCUGACUCCCAGGCAACAUGGGAAUGAAAAAUGAUAUCCUUCCCUACCAAGUAAUGUAGAUGUCUGCAGGGUGCAGCUUCCUGUAUGUCUCACGUGUUUUAUACAGUGUAUUGUGAGCUCUUACUCAAGGAACCUUGGUGGUGCAAUGGCUAAGCACUCAGCUGCUAAUCAAAAGGUCGGUGGUUCAAAUCCACUGGCUACUCUAUGGGAGAAAAGACCUGGCAAUCUGUUCCCAUAAAGACUUCAGCCUAGGAAACCCUAUGGAGCAGUUCUAUUCUGUCCUGUUGGGGCGCUAUGAGUCGGAAUUGACUCAACAGCACACAACAGCAAUAGUAGUCCAUAUGAUAACCUAAGGUCAGUCUGAUUUCUGCUUUGAGCUUAUGCUAACUGAGGCAAACAGCAUGCAUAGUAGCUUAGGGCUUUGCUGGUGGGGUUAUCUGUAAAACUGCAUUUGAAAAGCUGGGAGACCAUUAUGAAAUUUACCUGUUGCUGAAAAUUUCAAGUGAUAAGUACUGACUCAAAAACCAAAUUUUUUCUGAAAAAAAAAAGAUUUCAAGAACCAUAGAAAAUUAUUUUGGCCGUGUGUUUUAUAGCUUUAUAUACCACCUCUCAAAUUCUCUUAGUCUCAGAAUGCUAAGGAAGUGAAGGAGAGGGUGUACAAGGUGAUCAUUUCAAAAUCAAGUCUCAGCUGAGUCUCCGAAAUGCCUGUCACGUGCAGCAAAACACUGGUCUGUACUCAAACUCUCAGAUAAGAAAUUGAAUUAGUUUUUAAUUGAGUUCCUGUUACGCCUGAGCCUGGAUAUGAAUGCUUUACUCUCCUGUAGUGCCUUUCAUCCAAAGAUAUCAAAGCACUUGACAACUGUUAAUUCAUUAAGUCUCUCCUUGCCUCUGUACAGUAGUUAAUGCAAGUACAGGACUCACGCUACCCGCUGCUGGAACUCAUCCACCUGGGGGGUGGACAAGGAUGAAAGCCAUUCAACUAUGGAAGGCAGCUCUACCCAGUAGCUUCUAAUAUUUGGAAAAACAAGGAACGUCUUACUUACCUAGUUAAAACUGCUGGAGAAGUUUCAUUAGAUGGAAUGUAAUUACCAGAAGUGAAUUAUGACCAAAAAGCUGGUGCUAACAGUUUUGCUUGUAUGCACAAUGCUUCGGGAUCUUAAUUACAGUGAUUGGUCUGCAGCCCUGGAUGUGUAUCUCUCCAGACUAUUCCAUGUUCCUUAGACUUCUGGCCCCAAGGUUAAGCACAAAUAUUUCAGUUCAGUCCUAGAGGGAAGAGUGCCACCUGUUGAAUUGUAGAGAAUUCAUGGGUAUGUGUUGGGACUGGUGGAGAAGCCUCUCGGACCACAUUCACGCUUGCUUUGCUAUGGUAACUAAUAUAUAUGUCUAAAAGAAAACGAAUAUGUUGACUAUUCUUGCUUAGAAAAAGCAUCUACAAACGUCUGUGUAUUUUCCCCAGCUGGAACGGAGCGUAUGCCUGCAGUUUAGCCUACUGCUACUUGAAAUAAGCAUGCUGCUAAAAGACUGAGGCAGAUGGUAUUUUUACCACUUCAGGCAAAACAUGGCACCUAUGGUUCGACUUUCUACAAGUUUAGUUUUUUAACAGUUUCCAAAUGGCUUGUUUAAAUAUCUGUAUUACAGAGAUGCAUACCUUUUUCCAAUUUCUUUAUAAUAAUUGCUUCAGAUGUGUGGCUAUGAAUAACUAUCACUUGGUCAGAACCAGACUCUGUGUUCAGCACGGUGUAGUCUGCGUCCUGCUCAUUCUUUCAGAAGUGCCUAGGACUGUGCCUUAAAUGUGCUUUGACACUCGAGCUAAUUUUGACACAAAGACUAUAAGUGGUUUACAGUAGUUCCAUUUAUGUUUAUCUCUAAUCUUUUAACUAAGCAUUUUAUUUAAUUUUGCCCAUGACUCAGUAGAGACAAGUGAGUUUUUUUUUUGAUUGCGCUUUAAGUGAAAGUUUACAGUUCAAGUCAGUUUCUCAUACAAAAAGUUACACACACUUUGUUAUGUGACCCUAGUUGCUCUCUCUGCAACGUGACAGCACACUCCUUCUCUCUACCCUGUAUUUCCCGUGUCAGUUCAACCAGCUGUUGUCCCUCUCUACCUUCUCAUCCUACCUUCAGACGAGAAGUGAGGGUUUUUUUGGUUUUUUUUUUUUUUUGCUCUUUUUUCAAUGUCUUGUUAUUGAGAUUCACUCAGCAAAUACAAAUACCAGUUGCCGUUGAGUCCAUUCCGAUUCAUGGCGACCCUAUGUAUGUCAAAGUAGAACUGUGCUCUGUAGGAUUUUUAAUGGCUGAUGCUUUGGAAGUAGAUUGCCAGGCUUUUCUUCCAAGGCAUCUUUGGGUGGACUCAGACCUUCAGUUAUAGCUAAGUGCCUUAACCGUCUGUACCACCCAAGGACUCCGAGAUUCACAGUAAAAAAUAAACAAAUUUAAAAAACCAAACCCAUUGCUGUAGAGUCGAUUCUGUCUCAUAGCAACACUGUAGGACAGGGUUUCCAAGGAGCAGCAGGUAGAUUCCAACUGCAGACCUUUUUUUUGGUUAGCAGCCAUAGCUCUUAACCACUGCGCCACCAGGGCUCCGAGGUUCACUCUAAGCACAGGAAAUUCUUCAAGAUAAAGAAAUAUAUUGAAGAUGUUAAUUCAUUAGGCAUCCAGUUCUCAGUUAAAUAUAAAAGAUGUUUUUUUUAAAGAUUAGAAUUUUGACUUGCAUUGUCUCCUAGAAUCUGUUCAGGGAUCCAAGGUGGCACAUUCUUCUGGCUCUAUCCUUCCAUGCCGCUCAGGCGUUAGUGUCUAGCAGCUGCUGCUCUCCUCUUCCCUCUCUGCCCAGAAGUCCUUGCACAUUUUAUUUUAUUAGGAAAUUCAUUUGCAUAGGGUACACGUUAAAAUUCCCCACCAUCAAACAGCAGUGUCCACAGACAUUUGCAUUUACACUGUCACAUACCAUCACUUCCCUUUAAGAAGAAAAAAAAGCCUUUUCUCUCGUGUCCUGGUUCUCCUUUCCAAGGUUUGCCCUUUUAGCCAUUUCUUCUUUUAUUGUACAUAGAUGCUUCAGUCUUUUUCUUGCAUAUUGAGUCUAAAAUUCUACUCGUUUGAACUUUGAGUAUAGAAAUUUCUCUGUAAAUAUUACUGUUCUCUCUUUACUGACGAAACCAGACUCUUUAUUUUUUUGGCAGGCAAUUUUUGCCUGCUCGUUCUUUCUCAUAACCCUAGUUAACUGUCUCUGAGAAUUUUUCACACUGGCACGUUUAGAGACCAGAUGUUGCUGUAUUUCCUCUUCCCUGUACCGCCAUCUUGGGCAGAUGCUGCUUCUCCUACCUUGGGACUUUACAUUAACUCCUUAGGCAGAAUAUUUCAUACACCAUCAGUAAAUGCCCUAAGUCUCUCAUUUCCGCUAACCUCUUGAAGAUGUUUGAGCAUUGAGGAUUUCUAUUUUAGUGGUAAUUAUGGAGACUACGUAGAAGCAUUGAUAUUCUCCCCCCUUGUCUUGUUCCAUAAAAGGCUGUGGUAAGAUUAAAAAAAAAAAAAAAAAGAUAGUUAUAAUUUCAUGUAAAGGAAAACAACCUCACAAAUAUAAAUGCUACCACAAAUUGGGUACAACUAUGUAAAUUUUUAUAUGCUUGUAGAUAAAGACUGGAAGACAGCAUGUAAACAUGUAAAUAUAAAGGCACGAAGGUGAUAGCAUUAAGGCAUAUUUCUAAAUAAGAAAUACAUUCUGUUUUUUUAAGAUUUCUGUUUUGUAAGCGUAAACUCUGCUUUAAGUUAAUGUGUUUUCACAUUAUGACUUGAGCUAUCAGAAUUGAAAAAUAACUUGUUUGAAAUCAUAUUUGUAGUAACAAAAUAAGAAUUUGACUCUAGGCUCCUAAAGAGUUGUUUGCUUCUGUGACAGUAGGCAGAAAUGCACAGUUGGAAAAUGUAAUUUUUUUUAUGAUGUGAGUUUUUGUGCUAGGCCACGAGGAGUGCUCAAAGGGCUGGAAGACAGUGGCUAAAGAUGGAAACUUAGGAUGUGGAGGAGCCAUUACAGGCUCUGCUCUGAUUCCCAGACCACAUCUGAGAGAUGGGUGCUGCAGGAUCCUGCCAUUUGAAAGCUUUAAGUCCCCCGCUCCUCAUUUCUUUAAAUAUCAGAUAGAACCAGUUAUUUUUCUUUUGGCAAUCUCGUUUCAGACAAGUGUUUGUCCUUGCAGCAAUAAUGAAUAGAUUCUGUUUAGUCUGUAUUUCAAAACAACUAAUUCAUUAAAGUUGGUUUUUGCAACUUCUGCUUUGAUUUCAAACUCCUUCAAAAUAUAAUUAUUAAUGAUGGAGAAAGAAUCAUUGAUCAAUUUCUGUCCACAGUAAAGCACGGAAGGUUUUGUACCAUGAGAAACUUUUUAUCCAACAUAAAUUCUAACCACACAUGUAAUGGUUAAUAUCUUAAGCCAGAGUCCAGGGUUGUCCCUUACUAUGAGGCCGCAGGUCUUUUUUGCAGAACAGUUGCCUCUGGACAGUCAUUCGUUCUCCAUCAUCAAGCUUUUUUUUCUUCCUUUCCUUUCUUUUUUUCUUUUUCCUUUUCAUUUGUCCCUAGUGACUAUCAACUUGCUUUGAUGAUCUGUUUCUGCAAUUUCUUGAUGUUAUUUUUAAAAUUAGAUUCUUAUUCCCUAAAAUGUUAGCAACCCUACACACUUGAGUGGCAUCAACAAUUUAAUGAUCAUGAUCUUAUUCCCUUAUCUGGAUGACAUUAUAAAAUGUGCCACCUUCGCAAUUAUUAGCCCAAAUAUUACUGAUGCUGUCUUAAUUUAAUCCUUUACCCCAUUGUCGAGUUGAUUCUGACUUAUGGCAACCCCA